AUGGCCGGCCCCGCCAUGCCCGGGGUUUACCGGCAGCGAGCCCUGACGGUGCUGCUGCUGUUCGGUGCCCUGUCCGCCGUCAUGGCCCUGCUCUCCUCCAACCUCCUGCUGCGGCUCCAGUUCUCGGGCAGCGCUCGGGGGGCUCUGCCGACCUGGGCGGUGCCCCCGAUGGAGGCGGCGGCGGCCGCGCUGGCCUCGCUCUGCCUGGUGCUCAACCUGAGCUGCCUCCUGCUCUGCCUCCUGCACGGCUACCUCAGCACAGAGCUGUGCCGGGGGCAGCCCGGGCACGACCGGGCUGACAGGUUCCUCCAGGACAACCAGUGGGUCCGUCACGCCACCAUCGGCCUCUUCUGCUGUGGGAUCGCCUUCUACCUCACAGCUCUCGGCCUCCACAUGCUGCUGGUGCUGGACCAGAGGGCUGGAAUUCCCGCUGCCUGCAUCCUGUUCUCCGGGAUCCUCACGCUGCUCCUCGCCGUGAGCCACACCCUGCUCGGGGCCCUCCGAGUGUCCCGGCACAGCCCCCCUGGGACCUCCCACAGCCCCUACGGGUACGACCUGGCCCAGCAGGGCCACUCCUCGGGCAGUGACCUCACCAAGGCCACCGGUAGCAACCCGAGCUGGUCGGGCAGGGAGGGCUCGGAGUAGCCCCCCGCGCACAGGACGCUGUCGGUGGAGUCGGGGCCGCUGCAGGCGCAGGGGAAGGCCUGGAACGUCACCACGCAGGAGAUGGGACACGUGAUGGCCACAAAAGCCUCGGGCAAGGACUCCACGCUGCUGUGAGGGCGAGUGGCACCUUCUCCAGGCCCCGUCCCGGGGCGCCAGGGCCGGGGAUUCGCGCCCCCAGUUCGGGGCUGGCACGGGGGGCGUCUCACGGAGCUGCUUCUCCCCCCUCCCGCCUUUGUGCCUUUUUGCUGCUUUUGCUGGGAGUAAAACCCCACUGCUUUCUGCUCAGAGCCAAAAGCCCCUCCUGCCACGCCAGGGACCCAGACAGGACCCCCCCACUUCGGUUUUCCAGCUGUGGAACAUGAGGGGGACAAGCAGCAAGUGGAGCUUGUCCGUGAGGAGACCGACCCUUCCUUCCUUCUCCAGUUGGUUUGUCAGGCUGGUUGUACCUCCCUGCCCUUCCCCUGCCUCCUUCCCUUCCUCCUCCAUCCCCAUCCUCAUCCCUACACCAGCUGAGCAGGGCUUGCUUUUCCCUGGAAACCCGAGGGAGGCGAUGGAGGAGCGAGUGAGGUGGAACCAGAGGAGUCCCCACUUAAAUACACAUUAAGUAGAUUUUAGGCAUCACUCAGCAUGCACAGGGUGGGCUUGGAUGGCACAGAGUGGGGUCUGGGGUGGCACAGAACUUUCUUCCUGGUUGUUUUUUGUGUGUGUGUGUGUUUGGUUUGUGUGUUUUUGUUUUUUUCCUUCUUUUUAUUAUUGUUCUCAUUAAAACCAAACUCCCUGGCACGUACACACACAGAGGAGUGUGCCCACAUUCCAUCCCUC